UAGAGAAAAGAAAGGCGCAAAACACGCACACUCAACCAAAAGCUCUAUGGAAACUACAUCCACCCAAUUCAUUCAAGAAUUCAUGGAGAAUUUCCGCUACUCAAGAAGACUACUUGUAGCUGCCCCUCCACAAUACCACCCUGAUCAGCCCACCAUGGCUCCAUCAACCGCCCCUCGAAUCAGCCACGACUCAACAGAUGUACUACUAGUGAACAACAUCCCGAUUGAUACAAGAGUUAUAAUAGUCUUGUCAGUAAUUUUUUGUGGCUUGAUUUGUACGCUUUUCUUGAACUCCAUCGUAAAGUUUGCAUUUAGGUGCUCCAGCCUAUUGUUGGCUGACCCAUCAUCAAAUCAUCGAAACCCUUCUAGAUUAAAGCUAGCAAAUACCGGGAUCAAGAAGAAAACCCUAGGGACGUUCCCAGUUAUAACCUACACGAAUGAGUUGGAACAUUCAGGAUUUGACUCUGAGUGUGUCAUUUGCUUAUCAGAAUUUGGAAUUGGAGAGAAAGUUAAGGUUUUGCCUAAGUGCAACCAUUGCUUCCACGUCCAAUGUAUCGAUAAAUGGCUUAAUUCCCACUCUUCUUGCCCUACUUGUAGGCACUGCCUCAUUGAUACUUGCCAAAAAAUUGUCAAAGACAAUUCUAUUAGUACAAUUGCAAUUGUCAACCCUGAUCAGAUGGCUAGUGAUACUUCAUCAUCAGCACCAGUUCAAGAAGUCAUAGUAAGGAUUGAAGGUGUAGUAUCAAGCAAUUAAAACUACGUAUAUAGAUUAGGAGUAGCUAGUUUAACUUUAGUUGGUAGCUAUAUGUAUACACUCUCAUUUAAAAGCUUAAUUAAGUUAGCUAGCUAAGUUAUGGCCAAUGCAAGUAUAACUUUGUAAUUAUUCAUGCAUUUAGUGAUAGAUCGGUGAAUUUUUGUAAUGGAGGAAAG